UCGCAAUGCCGUCUCCGCAUCUCCUCAUUCCGCCGGAACCCUCCCGACCGCCGGGAACCCUUUUCUAGCUGCUGCUCUUCUCUCCCCUUUCCCCCCCUUUUUUUCCGGUUUGGGCCGAAAAUGAUCGUCACCCCUAAUUAAGAGGCCUACUCGGCCCUUUAUGACCUUCCGACCGGGCAUCCCUCAUGAUCUGAUCAGAGUCCUGUUAAAAAGCCAAUCAUGAACACUGUCCAGUCGACGACGAACCACGCUCACGUCAAGACUGGCCACGACAACCUGGAGGAGCUGGUUUCAACCAGUGAAGGCGAACGAAACUGGCCAGGGGUCCUGAUAGCUCUUCUAGUAAUUCUAGUCGUCCUCUCUCUCAUCCUCGUCUCUACAAUGCUCCUUACACCUGGGGACCGCCUUCCCAGGAUAACGAAACCGAAGCUAGAUGUACUUCCGCCUAUGAAAAGACAAAACCGACCUGUCUGGACAUCAAGAAACGAGGUAGUAUUUAGAAAUGAGCUUGGCGGUAUCAGCAUUUUCAACCCGGAAAGUAAUGAAACGCGAGAUCUCCUGGAUAACGCGACAUUCAGGCAACUGGACGCAGAUGAUUUCAAACUGUCCGCAGACUACGAAUACCUCUUGUUCAUCUCGUUCCCAAGACGGAUUUACAAAAACACGGAAGAGGCGGUAUACCACCUUUACGAAAUUUCAACCAAGACAAGGUGGCACGUGACUCCCGUUGGCGACGACUUUCACACCAGGCAGUAUUACUUGAACAGGGUGGACUUCGCCCCGGUCGGACACGACUUGGCCUUCGCCUACGAGGGAGAGUUGUACUUUGUCAAAAACGCGGAAAGACAUCCGAAGAUGAUCUCUCCGCCUCGUCUUAAUCAGUGGGUCCGUCACGCUCAUCCGGAUUGGCUCUACCAAAAAGAAGUAUUCCGGGACGACGUGGCCUUCUGGUUUUCUCCCGACGGUGCCUUCCUCGCCUACGCCACCUUCGACGACUCGAACGUCGGGAAGGUGUCGAUCAGCAAGUACACCUCCGAGCAGUACCCGAAACACACAGAAAUCCCAUACCCGAAGCCUGGGACCCAAAACCCUGAAGUGAACGUGAGCGUGAUAGAUCUGUCUGACUUCACAACACACACUCUUCAAAGACCUAAAAUUCUAGAGGGAGACACCCCCUAUCUAUCAGAAGUCGAAUGGGGACCCGAUUCUUCUCUGGGUCUUGUCUGGGUCAACAGGAGACAGAAUAUUUCCGUCUAUAGCCAAUGCUUCGCUCCCAAUUUCACCUGUGAGACGAAAAGCACGAUGAACUCGGACAAGCUGGGUGACUUGAGGCCGUCUAGGAACACAUUCGAGACCAGAAAGUUCCUCGAUCUUUUGUCCUCCUAUCCCCAGUUCUAUAAGAAACUAUCCUCAAACAAAACACUAUAUUUCGAGGCGUUCCCAGAUAAUAAGAAAACACAGAGACAUCUCUUUGAGCUGGACGAGGAGUCGGCAAGUUCGGGCCCGACCUGUCUAACAUGUCCAACUAGGUUUGGUAAUCUCACGACGGACGUGGCGGUACCGGCGAAUUCGAGCCAGGCGGACUGCCAUCCAGUCAGAUCUACCGACUGCCUCUUUACAAAAUCCGAAUUCUCCCCUAACUUCAAGUACUACAUGGUCACCUGCUUAGGGCCGGACGUGCCAUCGGUGCAUGUCAUGGACGUCGCGUCCAGCAAUAAAAUCAACACCAUCAAGGAGAACAACGAGCUGAGGACCAUUUACUAUUCCUACGCUCUUCCACAAACCAAGAUCUUUCAGGUGAAACUCCAGGAAGGCAAGGUCGCACAUGUCAAACUAAGACUGCCACCGGGCAUGAGAGAAUACGAAGAAACAGCAUUUCCACUAUUACUCAAAAUUUCUCACAGGCCGGAAGAGCCUUCGGUGGAUCACAGAUGGUCCAUGAACUACGAAACUUAUCUUUCUUCGGCGAAAAACUAUAUCGUGGCCGAAAUUGACACUGGGCAGACGGUCAUCGGGCCCAGUGCCGCCUUAGACCAGGGAGCCGUAGUCCAGUACCUCAUCAGCAAACUAAAAUUCAUCGAUAAAGACAAAAUCGGCGUCUACGGCAAAAACUACGGCGGAUAUCUAACUGCUAUGAUCCUCAGUGAAACGCUCAACAAUCUUUUCAAAUGUGGGAUAUGUAUAUCCAGUGUCUUUUCCUGGUCACAUUACAAUUCAGUCUGGACGGAGGCAUGGCUCGGCACAGCUAACAGUACAGACAACUACCGUGGUUAUGAAGAAGCAGAUGUGCUCAAAAAAGCAGGAAACUUGAAGAACAAGAAAGUCCUCAUAAUCGACUCUGCCUACGACUACGAUGUGCACUAUCAACACGCCAUGCUCAUGGUCAGAGCCCUAGUACGAGAGGAAGUCAUGUUCCAACACAUGACCUACCCGGAUCAGCCUGAGGAAUCGUUCAUAUCCAAACAUUUCUACACUCUCACGGACCAAUUCUGGGACGAGUGCUUUGGCCAUCCCGACUAUACAGACUGGGAGCAAGGUUUCUCUUCGUAUUUCUCAAUGAAAGGAUAAAGAGUUUGAAAACUAAAUACAGAGUCAGACAGGGUAAAGAUAGUUCAGAUAUACAUCGAAGAUUCGGAAAACAACCAAAACUCUUUUUUAAGAAAAACCGUCCUGAUUUUCCCCUUAAAUUUAAUUGUUUAGCCUAAUAUUAACAAAGUGGAUUAUACUGCACAGAUUUUAAAAAAAUUGAUGUUAACUGGAUGUUUAUAGAUGUAUAAUGUUUAUGUAAAUACAGGGUGUUGAGGGAAAAAAACAGUUAAAUAAUGAUAACAUAGAUUUUACAUUUAUCAGUAUGCGUUUUUAAAAUUAUAAUGCAUUUGUCUGCUGGUAGACAAUGCAAAAGAAAAUAUAUUGUUAUACACAAUGUAGAUUCUCAUGUUAUGCGUUGAUUUGUGAUUAAUUCAAAAGUUUCUAACAGGUAUCGUGCUUCCUCUCCAAGUUUGGAGACAACUCGUACGUUGGUGCAUAUCAUACACAAAGGUGCUUUUUAACAGAAUCGUACCAAUCAGGAGGAAGACAAAGAUUCUCGAGAAUGAAUACAAACCAGCCCAUACUGGGUUUGUAGGCGAAAGUAGAAAAUGCUCCACCCUGUAUUAAUGCUAAGAAAAAUUGAUGUUACCGCAAAACAAAAAUUUAAAAAAAAAAUAUUUAUGUAAUUAAUUGAAUAAUGCGCUUAUUGUGAUAUCAGUGCCACCAUUUUUUUAAAAUAAAACUAUUGACUAAUUUUACAAGGCAUAGGUAUAUGUAUUGUCCAUCAUAUAUUCUUUACAACAAAAAAAACUAUAAUUAUUUAUAUAAAUGUCAAAACAAAAAAUAUAUAUGUACCUAUAU